AGAGAUUGCGACCUUCACCCCCUAACUGGUCUUAAAGCCUCCUCAGCUUCACUUUCUCUCACUAAGUGAGGAGGGAGAGAGAGAGAGAGAGAGAGAAGGAUCUAAUGGAGUACGAGAGGAUUCACAAAGUUCAGACUGGUAUAAUUUCUCCAAGUAAAUUGAGAAUGAAGCUAAUAGGCGCCCACCAGCAGAGAAAGAAAGAUGGAUCAAAUAGUAACUCCUCACGAACAUCUCCUUCCAAGCUUGAGGAUGUUGAGUUUGUGAAGAACAGUUUGUUAAAUAAUGGUGACUUUGAUGAGGAAGCUUCCAGUUUAGAAGUUUCAUCAGUGAAAUUAUCAAACAGUGCGGCACUAGAUGCUGGCCAGAGCGACCAGAGUUCUUGCCAACCUAGGGAAUUUAUGCAGAAGGAAACUGUUAAAAUGCAGCAAUUUUCAAAGAGUGAUAGCGGAAAUUCAAGCUCAGUUCACCCGGUGAGAACACUAGAAGAGGAAAAUCUUGAUUAUGAUAGUAAUGCUAGUUCAUCUAGCUUUGAGUUUCAUAAAGGGGAGAGAUCAAUGCACAAUCCAUUGACAAGAUCACUAUCAAGACCUAUGUCAUCUAAGUGGAAUGAUGCAGAGAAAUGGAUAAUGAAUAGGCAAAAUAUGCAAGCUAAUUAUUCCAAGAAAACCCAUUUACAAAGCCAAGUAAAUCGGUUGCCGAUGUCAAAUACAGUGAGGGUAGCCCCGGAGUCUGCUAGUUAUGAUCAAAAGUUGUCGGUUAAGCGGGUUGAUUUCUGUCAACCAACAUCUCAAAUGGGCUCUGAGAAGGUCUCAAAUUUUCCCUCUGGGACUCACCUUGCAAUUGCAGAAAUUGAUCUGUGUCCUCAAAGUAAGGAUUUGAAGGAAGUUGACAAUGGGGAUUCAUCUUGUACAAAGAAUUCAAGUGAAGACAACACAGGUCUUCCUGCCAUAAGAUCGGUCUCAAUGAGAGACAUGGGAACAGAGAUGACCCCUAUUCCAAGUCAAGAGCCUUCAAGGACCGGAACCCCUGUGGGGGCCACGACACCCCUUCGCAGCCCAAAUUCUUCAAUCCCAUCCAGUCCUCGAGGAGCACCUGCACCGACCCCCAAUGGGCAAACCACUGAUGAUGAGUCACAAUGUACAACACAUAAUAGCAAAAGAGAAUUGUCGGAUCACGAACUAAAGCUCAAGACAAGGCAGGAGAUAGUAGCCCUCGGUGUCCAACUUGGGAAAAUGAAUAUUGCUGCGUGGGCAAGUAAAGACGAGAAGGAAAAAAAUGGCUCUGCAGUUGAAACCGGGGAUGCUGCAAAGCUCGAACAAAUUGAAUUCGAAAAACGUGCAGCUGCGUGGGAGGAAGCUGAAAAAACUAAACAUGCAGCGAGAUACAAGCGUGAAGAAAUCAAAAUCCAAGCAUGGGAAAGUCAGCAGAAAGCAAAACUUGAGGCAGAGAUGAAGAGGAUAGAGGCCCAAGUUGAACAAAUGAGAACACAUGCUCAAGCAAAGAUGGUGCAGAAGAUAGCAAUGGCAAGGCAAAAAUCGGAAGAAAAACGGGCAGCAGCCGAAGCUAGGAGAAAUCGACAGGCCGAGAGAGCGGCAGCUCAGGCAGAAUACAUUCGCCAAACAGGCCAAAUCCCAUCAUCCUCCUUCAUCUGUUGCGGUUGGUAGUAAUAAACUCAGAAAACAGUACAAAUACGAAAUUGCUUCACCAUACAAUCACUAUGCAAAAUUAGCCCGUUUGUGCUCUGAUUCAGAUUUCAUCAUCAAAGGAGCGUUGCCCUUUUUGCUAUCCGCCCUUGUAUUUACUGUGCAAAGCCUCGGAGUGUAAGUUUGUUACCUGAAAAUUUUGCAUUUGAUGCAUAAAUUGUUAAUUUAUGUUGUUUUAUCAUUAGGUAGGAUUGAACUCAAAUCAUCUUAAUUUUUACACUAAAGAGCUUGAUGCUUGAAGAUGUUGUGAAAUGAAUGAAAAGUUUGUAUAAUUGCCUGCUUUUCCAUAACUAAUGGGACUGACAUUCCAAAA